CGACGUCAUUGCUUCUCUCUCUCUCUUCCGCUGCCCGUAUUCUCUCUCUUCUGUGCCUUUCGUGAGCUCCAUUGCAAGAGCUCGCUUCAGUCCAACCCCCUCUCUCUCUUUCUCUUCCUUUCGCCGCACACAUUCUCUUAUCUCCCUCUCGAGCACGGCGUGAACCCUUCUCUGUUUCCAACCUCUUCUAUAACCCCAACUCCACAACCCCACCAAGGAAAGACCGUCGCUUGCCUUCCGCAUCGAGUUCGAAAUCGCCCACCCCGGCGCCUCCGGUUGAUCUUGGUGGGUCGACAUUGAGCUCGAGCUCGAGCUCGAACUCGAACUCGGGUCGGUCUCCGUUUUCCCAAUCGUUCCGAGCAGCGGCUUAUGGAUUCUCAGGUGUUGGUGGCUCUCGGGCUCUCGCUCGUGGGCGGGCUGAGCACUUCCGUAGGGGCACUAUUUGUUAUUCUCAACCAGGCUCCAAAUUUGAAGAUGCUUGGUCUUUUACAGGGUUUUGCUGCAGGCCUUAUGCUGAGUAUAUCAUUCCUAGAUUUGGCACACAAUGCUAUCAACUCAAUUGGCUUUCUGAAAGGGAACCUUUGGUUUUUUGCAGGUGUCAUCUUUUUUGCUAUUGUGGUCAAAUUUAUCCCAGAACCACCGAUUGCCCCCAGUUCUGAAUCGAAAAAAAAGAAGCAUACUGGGGAUGAAGGGGGAAAGGAUAUGAUAAAGAAGCAACGGCGCCAGGUUCUGUUUAGUGGGAUCGUUACAGCAGUAGGGAUUAGCUUGCAUAAUUUUCCAGAGGGAAUGGCUGUCUUCCUUGGAUCCAUGAAGGGCCUUCGAGUUGGGCUUAACUUGGCAGUGGCCAUUGCUUUGCAUAACAUACCAGAGGGUGUUGCUGUUGCAUUGCCCGUAUAUUUUGCCACACAAAGCAAAUGGCAGGCAUUCAAAAUUGCAUCCCUCUCUGGUUUUGCUGAACCUCUUGGUGUAAUUAUUGUAGCCUAUCUAUUUCCAAGCAACUUGAGUCCAGAAAUCCUUGAGGGCUUGCUGGGUGCAGUUGGUGGAGUGAUGGCUUUUCUGACCUUGCAUGAAAUGCUGCCACUUGCAUUUGAUUAUGCCGGACAGAAGCAGGCUGUAAAAGCUGUUUUUUUGGGGAUGGCUUUCAUGUCAGCUAGCUUAUACUUUCUGGAAAUCAGCUUGCCAAAGGAGAUGAGCUUGUAGAGGACCCUAAUCAAACACUCGGAUGUUCCUGUUAAGUAUCAGUUUGACAUCAUAGGGCCAUGUAUAACAAUACCUGCUGCGGCUUAGCGAUGGAGAUCCACCCGACAACUAGUAGCCAAGAACUUUUUAGUUUCUCUAUUGUCAUGUGACUUGUGCCGAAAGCCGAAACUAUACACUUGGCUCUAUAAACUUCUCUGUACAAGGAGGAAAUGGGGUGGGUGGUGUUGGAGGGUGAGAUGAGCUUAACCAUCAUACAUUCAUCUUCUUUGGAGGACUUCUCUCUUUUCCCUUCACUUUGAAUACCAAGCUGAUCCUCCCCACAGGAGCAAUAUCUCA